GGUUGUCAUUUUCUGCCUUGUCUUUAGGCUUACAACAUGAUAUAAUCAUCGGAAACCACGUGCCCUGCCAUUCUUGUUGAUCAGCUGUUUUUGACAACAAACGCAGAUCCACUGUGACAAUGGCAUAGAAGAUGAAAUAGGUUUACGCAGAUAGUGCCGUGUUUAGCAUUAAACAUGACACUAUUCCACUCGUUCAAUCAACCGUGACCAGCAAGUGUACAAGACUAAUGGGAAAUUCAAACAGCACUAAAUACAACCUCAGUCACAACAAGCAUGAACACUGGGGAAAGAUCUUGGAUCAUUCUAGCUGUGCACUGAUUCAGACAGUUCCCUACGGCAAGUGGAUCAAAUCCCAGAGGAACUUUGGGGGAUUUACGGAUUACGCCGACUUCACAACUUGUCGAGAGUCCCGACUUCGACAUGGGGUUCUUGUUAAACCUGACAACACAGAGGGGCGGUAUCUCAUCCCUAGUUUCAAGUCAAAGUUUGAACUAAUCAUCGUGGAAAAACGCAGGUGUUUUAUGUCCAACUACAAACUGCCCCGUGUCCCAAUACCGGAUUUUGAAGACCCUCAAUGGUUUCAGCGAUCAAGUCAUAACAGAAACCGGCGAGAAUGCAGUGUGAUUGGUUACCAUGACAACCUGGUGGUGGUGCAGAUAAACACCAAUCGGUACUACCUAUCUCCGAGAUUCUACCUUAUAGAUAUAGGAACCAAUGAGAUAGUGGGACAUUUUCUUAUCUUUUAUCACUGCAGGCGGUGGUACGAAUGUUACAUAUCUCCAUGUAAGAAACAAAUUCUUAUGAGGCCAGAUAACUUGACUCGCAUUGUGUCCUUGCCUGAUAACUAUAUUCUGGAAAAUGUGUGUAUGAAAAGUAUGUAUGUAAACAUGGAGGUGAGUGUGGUUCCCCCUACACUGCGGGCGCACGUCAUGUGUUACAAUAGUAUCGCGGGGGACAAUCUGGCCUUAGUUGCUUUUCACAAAACGAUAGAAAUCAGGAGAACAGACACUUGGGAGGUCGUCCAAAGUGUGCAGAACUUAGACCUCCCCACAGGAAUCCAACAGAUGAAAUCCAGCCCACUGGGAGAUUUUGUGGCCCUUAGAUGUGUGUCCCCAGUCCAUGGUAAAGAGUACAAUGUCAACGUGAUAGUAGUCCUAGACUAUCACACCUUUAGUAUAUUGAUGAAGGUUGAUGUGAAGGGCUGCUAUUGGCCUGUUUCAGAAGUCGUCAACCUCCAAGUUUUCCCACACUUUAGUCCCAGCGAAGCUUCUAUUGCAGUGAUGAGGAACUGUUCCUACAGUCGGAAGGUCAUGACCUUCAAACUGCCCAUUUGCCGCUUCAAUCUGCAGUAUCUCUGUCGCAGGGCCAUCCUUCACCUUGUUAGUUUCAGGGAUGUCCACAAACUACCCCUUCCAGCCAAUAUUGUCAAAUUCUUACUUGCAAAACCUGGUCACACUCGGAUAGGACUCUCCUGAGAGACGACGAAUCUGAGUCAGGUGCCCAUGGCAACCGCAUCGAUUAAAAUAUUCAUACAAAUAUAUGUAUAGAUGAUGUUUAAAUCUAUUUUAGGUGGCAUUUAAUCAAUUAAUUAAUCUUUGUAUUAAUUUGAGUUUUAUUAUGUUUAUAAUUACAUGAAUAUGUAUAUAUUUGUGUGGGAAGAAAAUUUUAGGGAAGUCUAUAUUUGAUGGGUGAAAAUGACUUUCAAUUGAUAGAUGACUUGGGCUUACAAGUGAUGCGAUGUUGGUGCGCUAUUGUGCAUGAGUCCCUCUCACUUCACAUGACAUAUUGGAGGAACAGAAAUACGAAUCUUUGCAGUACAAAUUUUUGAAUUAUAAUAUAUAUUUUUCCAGUGAUUAAGAAGUCCCACAAAUAUUGAAUAGACCUAGGUUGACUAUACGUACAUAUGUAGAUGUAAUGAGUGAAUCAGACUUGGCUCCCCAUGAUGUUAGAUACAGUACUGAUGAUUAAUAUAGGGAACUAAGGAUGUGAGUAAAUGUAUGUAGAUGUUUUGUAUAGAGAAGCCUACUUUAUAUACAUGUAGAUGUAAGUAGUAAAUACAUGUAGAUGUUUUGUAUAAAGAUGUCUAUAUUAUAUAGAUGUAAGUAGUAAAUACAUGUAGAUAUUUUGUACAUAGUCACCAAGCUUGCUUGAAAAAAAUUUUUCAAGCGAGCUUGUUGCUUGUGGUUUUGUAUGAAUGUACCAGAAAUGGAUUGUGAAACUGUUUGUUUCCUUUAAAUAUUAAGUGCAAUAUACAAUAUUUAAUCAGGUUUAUAUUCCCAGAUCCACUUCAGAGUUCACUUGUGAAACAAACUAUGUAACAAGCGGCUCUAAGGGUUGUGAUUUUCAGAAUAUAGACAUGCCAUGUAUAGAGGUUUAUAUUCUCACCUGUUGCAAAUACCUGUUAUAUAGUAUACAGGUGAAAUUAGUCACAGAGCCAGUCAGUUUUAGACUGUGUUCUUUCGUGGGCAUUUACUUGAUAUAUAUUGAUAUUUAUGUAAAUGGAUAAAUGUUAUUGUAAGAAUUUGGUGACCAGUCUGUGUUUCAGUUUGGAUCCGCCCCUCAGAAAGUCAUCACGAGGGGGUUGAGUGGAUCUGCCCCUCAGAAAGUCAUCACGAGAGGGUUGAGUGGAUCUCCCCUCAGAAAGUCAUCACGAGGGGGUUGAGUGGAUCCGCCCCUCAGAAAGUCAUCACAUGGGGGUUGAGUGGAUCUGCCCCUCAGAAAGUCAUCACAAGGAGGUUGAGUGGAUCCGCCCCUCAGAAAGUCAUCAUGAGGGGGUUGAGUAGAUCCGCCCCUCAGAAAGUCAUCACAAGGGGGUUGAGUGGAUCCGCCCCUCAGAAAGUCAUCACGAGGGGGUCGAGAAGAUUGUUCCCAAAUGGGAUGUGAUUAAAUAGGGUGGGACUGCCAUUACUUCAUUUUGAUAAACUGCAAAUUAUCCUCUAUCCCCUAUUUACUUUUAUUCUUCUACAAAUUAUUUUUAAUCUACAAGAUUCUAUGAAGGUAGAUCUUAAUUGGCUUUUAUUUUGAUUGUUAUGCUAAGUCAUUGUUUGAUGUAUACUAACUGAGAGGGGAUGGGACAGACUUUGUUUACCAUGCCUGUCCAGCUCUUUCUCUGUAUUGGUUCCUCCAACAUGGUGGAUUUUACGUGUGUACAAGAGUUCUUUAACUUGUUUAUGUUGUACGUAUAUAAAAUUCUAAUGGUGCUUAAAUCUAGUCAGCUUUUACAACUGUGAAAACCGGGAAUUGUUUAUAAAUUUUUAGUGUUCAUUGUCUGUCGAAUCACUGUAUGCAACAAUACGCAAUUUCUUUCCUGUCCUACAUUUCAUUUUUAGCUCACCUGAGCCAAAGGCUCAAGUGAGCUUUUCUGAUCAAAAUUUGUCGGCGUAGUAAACUUUUCACAUUUUCAUCUUCUUCUCCAGAACCGCUGGACCAAUUUCAACCAAACUUGACCAAAAGCAUCCUUGGGUAAAGGGCUUUCAAGUUUGUUCAAAUGAAGGGCCAUGCCCCCUUCAAAUGGAGAUAAUCACAAAAUUUGCAAAAUUAGGGUAGGGUCAUUUAAAAAUCUUCUUAAGAACCACUGGGCCAGAGGAGUUAACAUUUACAUAAAAGCUUCCUGACAUAGUGCAGAUUCAAGUUUGAUCAAAUCAUGGCCCCCGGGAGUAGGUUGGGGUUACAAUAGGGGAUCAAAUUUUUGCAUGGGAAUAAAUAGAGAAAAUCUUCUUCUCAAGAACCAAUGGGCCAGAAGAGCUGACAUUUACAUGAAAGCUUCCUGACAUAGUGCAGAUUAAAGUUUGUUCAAAUCAUGGCCCCGGGGGUCGGGUGGGGCCACAAUAGGGGAUCAAAGUUUUAAAUAGAAAUAUAUAGAGAAAAUCUUCUUCUCAAGAAGCAUUGGGCCAAAGAAGUUGACAUUUACAUGAAAGGUUUCUGACAUAGUGCAGAUUCAAGUUUGUUCAAAUCAUGAGCCCCGGGGGUAGGUUGGAGCCACAAUAUGGGAUCAAAGGUUUACAUAGAAUUAUAUAGGGAAAAUCUUUAAAAAAUCUUCUCAAGAACAGUGAUCGAGCCAAAAAGAUAAGGUUUACAUGAAAGCUUCCUGACAAAAUGCAGAUUUAAGCUUGUUCAAAUCGUGGCCCCCGGGAGUAGGUUGGGGUCACAAGAGGGGAACAAAAUUUUGCAUGGGAAUAAAAAGAGAAAAUCUUUAAAAAACUUCCUUUCAAGAACCAAUGGGCCAGAAGAGCUGACAUUUACAUGAAAGCUUUCUGACAUAGUGCAGAUUCAAAUUUGUAAAAAUCAUGUCCUCCAGGGGUAGGUUGGGGUCACAAUAGGGACUACGGUUUUACACAUGCAGAUAUAUAUAUGGAAAGUCUUCAGAUAAGGGUCAAGGUGACUGAGGUGAGCAAUGUAGCCCAUGGUCCUCUUGUUCUGAUUUCAGUUUAACUUUUUAUUUAAAGUAAUAGUACCACAUGUAGGUUGAGAUUUAUGAUUCUUAGACACCAACCUCACAGACAAAAUUUUCAAAAGUAUAUAUUAGUGGCGGAUCCAGAAAAUUUUCAAAGGAGGAUGCGAUCCAAGUUGCCCAAACAAAAAGGAUGGGGGUGGGAAAACUCCAAAAUAGCAAACAAUGACCAUUUUUGUUUAUAAUAUUCAUCAAAAAAGGGGAUGUAAUCUCCGUAAGCCCCCCACCCCUCCCCUCUUCUAGAUCCGCCACUGUAUAUGCUAGAGUCUAUAUAUGGUGCAUCUGACUCGAAGUAUUUUUUUUUAUUAUUAUUUUCCAAUGAAGAGUAAGUGAACUGAAAUAGAAAUACACAAGUACUGUGUAAAUUUCUUAUAGGCGUACAUGUAACAUAAAACCACGAACUAUAACCCUAUCAAUCUGACUGAUAACUACAUAAACUGCAUUUCCAAUGAAUUCAUCAAUUUCUGUUUCAAAUACACACGACAAAAAUGUCCAAAUUGUCCAAAUUCUUACGACUCUGCGAUAUUUUUUUUUGUUUACAGGCUGUUGACGUAUAUGAUGUAUGUUUUACUUAAUAAUGACGUCAUAAUCUCAA